GCACAGUGAUAUUUUGCAAUGACUUGUGUGAUAUUUCAUCCCGACAUAUCAUCGCCCUUUUAAAGGUCGCCAGGGAUAGAAGCAGCGCGCAAACGUCUCCGAAAUUUAACAAAUCGCCCACCUCCCAUACCCAACCUCCACGCGGACAUACACCGCUCCCGGGCGCACGUGCUUUGAUUUUAGUUUUGCACCCCGUUCCAAAUGCCAGAUCCGAAUACAGACCCAAAGCGGUUCAUAUAAGACAAAUAAAACGCAUGCCGCUGGCGCGCACCGUACGCGCUUUCCAAUGUUGCGUGGAAACACGUUUUCUACGUGAAAUUCAGUGAAUGGACGACCCUCCCUUGUUGCUGAGACGCCCGCUUCAUCCAAGACAGAAAGAGCCGAGCUGUUGUCAUCACAACCGAUCUGCUUUAAUGGGACUUCUAAAGCAUCGCUGGUUUCAGGCUUUUAAAGGCGCCAUCGAUCGAUCGCUUCUGAAUGCAUAACAGUAAGAAGCUGUUUUCAUUGAAGGCCAACAGAAUUGCUUAAAGCAUGAACGGAUGAUGUGCUGCUGUGUGUCUUCUCGAGGAAAACAGAGGAUGCUGUAACACAAUAGGGACACUGGAGUUAUGAAUGCUCAAUGGAUAACUGUCGCUGUCCGUUCAGCACCACCGCCAGUCUCACCUUGCGCCCAAUGACACCAUAAAAACCUCGGUGACCCCCUAACACCCGACACCGGAUUAUUUCAAGGAUCGUUUUGAGUCCACGUGUGGAUAACAGAUUUGGAUAUCCAUUGUCGAUCGGAUGGUGUAAAAGUGUGCCAUAUAGAAACGCUUGGAGACAUACGCAAGGGCACAUCUGGCACCAGCAGUUCGUUUUAUUUUUUAUAAUAAAAGCAUAAAUUUGUAUUUUGCAUUAUAUUGUUGUCAUCGCAGAUAUUUUAAUUGCACGUGCUCCAACGGCACGAUGAUGAUGAUGAUGCCAGGUUGGAGAUAUGACUAGAGAGGGACGCGAUGGGCCAAGGCGACGACAAAGAUCGCAUCGUGAUCAACGUCGGAGGAAUCAAACACCAGACCUACCGAAGCACCUUGCGCACCCUGCCCGGCACCCGUCUCUCCUGGCUGGCGGAGCCUGACGCUCCGAGCAACUUUGACUAUGACGCGAACAUCGGGGAGUUUUUCUUCGACCGUCACCCGGGUGUCUUCGCACACAUCCUUAACUAUUACCGCACGGGCAAACUGCACUGCCCGGCGGACGUGUGCGGACCCUUGUACGAGGAGGAAUUGGCGUUUUGGGGAAUCGAUGAGACGGACGUGGAGCCGUGUUGCUGGAUGACCUACCGGCAACAUCGGGAAGCCGAAGAGGCUUUGGACAGCUUCACCGGGGGUGCCCUCGACCUCAGCCACGAAGACCUGGAGCUCGAUGGAGUGGCUGAAGCGGCGGAGGGGGACGAGGGUGUGGAGAUGACCCGGAGACUGGCGCAAGGGGACUCGCCCGACAACAGAUCCAGACGCUGGAGCCGAUGGCAAAAGAAGACCUGGGCGCUUUUUGAAGAUCCGUAUUCGUCAAAAUACGCACGGUGGAUAGCUUUCGCAUCACUGUUCUUCAUCUUGCUUUCCAUCACCACAUUCUGUUUGGAGACCCACGAAGCCUUCAACCCCGUCAUCAACCGUACCGAGUACAUCACUAAGGGCAACCAAACCGUGGAGCACAUCAUCAGUGAGACGGAGACGAUGGUGCAGCUAACCUACGUCGAGGGCGUCUGCGUGGUGUGGUUCACGUUUGAGUUUCUGAUUCGUGUGACGACCUGUCCGAACAAACUGAAGUUUGUGAGGAACACCCUCAACAUCAUCGACUUUGUGGCAAUUCUUCCGUUUUACCUGGAGGUGGGCCUGAGCGGCAUGUCCUCGAAAGCAGCGAAAGACGUGUUGGGUUUCCUCCGCGUGGUGCGUUUCGUGCGAAUUCUCCGUAUCUUCAAGCUGACGCGGCACUUCGUGGGAUUGAGGGUACUGGGCCACACGCUCCGUGCCAGCACGAACGAAUUCAUACUUCUUAUCAUUUUCCUUGCGCUUGGAGUCUUGAUCUUUGCCACUAUGAUCUAUUACGCCGAACGCAUCGGAAGGAACCCGAACGAUCCUCAAAUUAUUAACGGCACACACUUCAAGAACAUCCCUAUCGGAUUCUGGUGGGCAGUGGUAACUAUGACAACACUGGGCUACGGUGAUAUGUACCCCCAGACGACCUCCGGCAUGCUGGUGGGCGCGCUCUGCGCCCUGGCGGGUGUGCUGACUAUCGCCAUGCCCGUACCGGUUAUCGUAAACAACUUCGGCAUGUAUUACUCCUUAGCGAUGGCCAAACAAAAACUACCAAAGAAGAAAAAUAAGCAUAUACCACGAGCACCUCAACUGGGGUCUCCCAACUACUGCAAAUCAGUCAAUAACUCACCGCGACCCAGUACUCACAGCGACACAUGUCCUCUGGCACAGGAAGAGGUUUCUGAGAUGCGAUACCAAGCUGGAGAUUUUAAAGUGAACGGUGAGCCGUCCAAAGCUGCCCUGGCCAAUGAGGACUGCCCUCACAUCGACCAGGCGGCGUCGCCCGAAGAAGUGUUCAGCCCUGUCGACCGCGAGAAACCCUGCUUCCUGCUCACCUCCGGAAAAGAACGGGCCAAUCACACGGGGGGAAGAGUCAGGAAGGGUUAUGAAAAGCCAUGGAGCCAUAGCAGCAUGUCUGGAGGCGUGGCCUCAGUGUCGGCAUUGCCCUGCAGCCCGCCCUGUCUCAUGCAGCAGGUCCACUCUCCCAUUCCAUCCAUCCUGUAGCAUGGACAACAAAACUAACCAAUCAGAAGCCCUCGCUCUGCAGCGCUGCACUGAGACGCCCACUCACACCGUGUACCAUCAGUCUUUCAUUAAACUCUAUCUUUCUUUCUUCUUCAUCACCUUCAUCACCACCUUUCCCCUACGGCACUUUCAUACUUUCCCUUUCUCUCUUCUUCAUACCUCCUCCUCCUUUCCUCCCUGGGUGUUUCUAAGCUCUGGUUUUCAUUGGGUGCUAAUGGACACCAUUAAAAAAAAUGAAAAAAUGGCUAUUUCAUAUGUAGCAUUAAGACAGAUUUGAUUUAGUUUGAAGUAACACUUCCAAAUCACCAUUCUAGUAAUGCACACGUCACCGACUGAAGAAGCUUCACUUGCAUUUGCAUGCCUUGCAUGGGAGCGAUCUGAGAAAAAAUGUAAGUCUCUAAGAAAUUGUUAUUUUUUUCAUUAAGAGCUUUUUUGAAUAUAUCUGAUGCAGAUCAUUUACGAAGAUACGCAACAUAUGUAGCAACGUUAUUUUUUUUUGCCUUUCCCCAAAUUCUCACAUCGCCGGUAGCAGCGGUCGAAUCGGCCAUCCAAAUUGUUGAAUCAAGAUGCAAUUAGCAUUGCACUAUGCACUUUUCUCAAGCGGAGCGUGCAAAUUUAAACUUAUUUCAUUAUAACAUCAGCUUUUGUUACUACAAUCUGCGCAUACAGUACUUGGAUACACGUGUACGUCUUAUUUUCAAACGUUGCUUUGACAUUGUAGCAAAUCACACACCAACAGAAUGUACAAAAUAUAGAUGUAUCAUGUGCAUUUAAAUAUUGUACUUUUGGGACGACUUGGGGAGAGGUAAAUGCAUGCACUUUUAUGCAAAAGUAAAGAAAACGAAACGUGCGAAUGACAAACUGUAAAUAUGAACCAUGCAUGAAUAAAUUUUGUAUUCAAUCUGUAUAUAUAGACUCUGUUAUUAUUUGAAAAAAACAUUCAUACAUAACUCCCUGUUGCUUUGAAGUACGCCUUUACUGUGACGUCUCUUUGACCUUUCACCGCUGUUUAGCACAAGCUCCCCAAACUAUUUUCUUUAUGGUAUGCAUUGAAACAAAUAAUUCAAUCCAGUUAAAAUCGCUUAAAGGUCAGAAAGGUCAAAGAGAGAGAGAGAGAGGGGAUUGAAACAGGAGAGCCGAAGCGACACUGUGGCAGUGACCGUGCCCUGUUUCUCGUGCCACACGUCAUUAACCAAGCAUGAAAGUCUCUUCAGCCAAUCACAGCAUGAACUGAGAGCCACAUGAAUGAUAACUAGUAAGGAAUGAAUGCAUCUUAAGCAUGGUAGAGAGCAUGGUAAACCCCGCGUUUACCAUGAGGUCGCUUGCACGGUUCGAGGGCCGAUAAUCCCGUUAUCGUUCUCCAUCCCAAAUCCCACCACCCCAAUGUUUCCGUGCUGUUCGUUUGGUGUAUUAAUAUGGUUUUCCUUGUUGUUUUGUUGUUGUUGUUUUCUCUUUUUCAUGUGUUUUUAGAGACCCAGCGCGCCACCCGAAGCAGACAGCCAACCGAGUCAGUGUGUGUAAUGAACCAUGGUGUACCAACCACUAUGUGUGUCAACCAUAAAGCCACAUCCCCCACCUGAUAGCGUGUGUGUGCGCGUGUGUGCGUGCGAAAAAGUGAGUUCGUCGUAGAUUAGCGUCUCUUUUUGAGUUGUGACGGGGAAAUAAUUCAGCGUAGAUGUAGCACAGUAACCAAGAGAUGCUGUAGUUCAGCCAUAUGUAGCUCUGUUUGGUUUCGUGGUUUCUUGUGCCGUCGUGCUGUGCGAAGUGCCUGUUGUUUUUUUUCCGUUUCGUGAUUGUCAGUGUUGUACAUAGUGCUUGUGUGUGCCGGUGACUCUUGCUUUUUUCCAGUUGAAGUGUUUGCUUUCGAGUUAUUUAAAUGUUGUAAAAAUGUUGCUCCUGAGUAAAAAUCCACCCACGUACUUUGUGGUCAUGUUCAUCUAGCGAAAAAAACGUUAGCGAAGAAAAUUGUUUUGCCAUAUUUUGUACUACUGUAGUUAACGUGUAGAAAAUGCCUUUUGCACUGUUUGCACCCGUUCACUUUUACAUUUCUUUAUCUAGAACAAACGAUAGCUUGAAAUGUUUUGUAGCUCACGUUAGGCCGUAAACUUUCAAAUGACACCGCGUCCUAACCAAGCACACCAAAUGACAAGAAAUCUACGUUUUCAAAACUAUGUAUUUUCGCUUUUUAUGUAGACAGAUGAAUUCAAGUUUUUUCUGGUUAGGACACGGUGUUAGAUCUGAAGUCGAAAAACAAGACUAGUUAGCGCAUCACUGGGACCAAGCUCACUACUUUACAUAAAAAUGCCAAGACCAUCAUUGUGUAUAUUGAAACGAAAUGUUUAACAUGCUUUAGAAGUUUCCAAUUUCGAGCCAGAUGCGAACAUGGUUUUAGUUAAAAACAAGAGACAAUCCUGCACAAUACAACAACAACACAACUCUUAAAUGUUCAUUUACACAGAACAUGAACAUACAGGGUUUAUGAUGGGAUAAACGACUGAUGUUGUGUCUUAGGUUUGUUUCGAUAUUGAUUUUUCAUUGUUGUGAAAAUGUGAAGUAAACCCAGUUCUUUGGGACCAAACUAGCGCACUGCCAAUUGCAUCAUGGGAAGGUCAGCUGGGUCAGUUCUUUACAAUAUGCUGGACUUAUUAAAGACCCAACCACAUCAGAGCACAAACAUUUACGUCAGUAAAUAAAUAGUAAUGGAUAUAUAUAAAUACAGUCUUUGGAUACAUGAAACAUCUGAUUUCCAGACGAAAUCUUGUUCUUGUGCUCUGUUGUGAGAUAUUCCUUGUGUUUCAGCACAUUGCGGUGCGUAGUAUGGAUAGUUAUUUAAAACCAGGUGGUAUUUUCAUUGAUGGUUUGAGUUGACAUAUUGUUAAGACAAUUUUGUGUCUUUUUCUGAUGAGAGAAAAAAACAAUGAAAUAGAAAUAAUAAUAUAAUAAUAAAAAACACUAA